GCUAACUUAAUGUUAUAUUGGAUACUGGAAACUAGCUAGAUUGGUCUCUUGUCCAUUUACAUUUAAGCGUUUAGUAAAAUAAUGUAGCUUGCUAACGUUAAUGUCGCUAACGCUCGUCGCUAGCUAGCGCUUCUAGAGUUUUGGCAAAGACAGUAACGUUACUGUAUGAAGAUUGGCAGAAUCUGCUUCUCCAAUACGAGAGAUCACCUCCUAGCCCUUGAUCAUGACACAGUUCCAUUCCAUUACUACUAGCCCUUGAUUAUGACACAGUUCCAAUACACAUACAAGAGUAAUUGGAAGAAUGCGUCUUCUGUACAGUGAUGUUUUGUUAAGUCCCAAUGCCCUUUCUGAACAUUAACAGGCAUCGCUUGCGGUACGGUUUUGGAAGCAUGAGGAUUUUGUAUUUGAUAUCAGAGAGAAAUAAUAGCGCUUUUGUUUACGGACACAAGUCAGUGUACUACCUGUUCUAAUUACUUAGCUAUAUUCGUCUCUGAACACCUAACGUGUUACCUGUGAGUAAACUGAAGACAAACGCCACAUUUAAAAAAACCUUAUUUAUUUAACCUUUAAUUUAACUAGGCAAGUCAGUUAAGAACAACAUCUUAUUUACAAUGACGACCAUUUGUGCGCCGCCCUAUGGGACUCCCAAUCACGGCUGGGUGUGAUACGGCCUGGAUUCGAACCAAGGACCGUAGUGACGCCUCUUGCACUGAGAUGCAGUGCCUUAGACCGAUGUGCCUCUCGGGGCCCCAAAUGUGUCACUGAAAAUACUGUCUGCAAUUGUGUUAAAAGUGUACAGUAAUUGUUUUUAGCAUUUGUGAAAUUAUUUUGUUAAUAUGAAAGUAAAGCUAUUUAUAUUUCUAGAACCAUACCGCAAUUGAGAAUCGAUUCACGUUUAAAUGGCACAUUUGGCUGUUUUGGCUGAAAGAGCCAAUUCGCCCUUUAAACAGAACAUUUAAGAUCCUUUAUUUAAGGAGUAGUGUUAGGCUCCUUUAGUCCAAUAUUGGGCAACCAUAGCUGUAUGGAUCUGUGCAUAACUGCUACAGUAAGUGUAUCUCUUUAUUUAAAGAUUCUUUCUUGCUGUUUUGAAAGCCGUUUCCCAACGGGAUGAUUAUUGAUGUUCAAACACAGCGUCAGCAUUGUAGUUUACAUGAACCAGUCCUGGGCGAAGCUGACGGCUGAAAACUGUAGGGAAAAAUCAAAUGUUUGUGUUAAAAAAAGAGUAAUGUUAAAAUCACGUUGCACAUUUAGCAAAGACAGAAUGCAUUUUAAAAUUCACACGCAGUAAUAUUUUUGUUUGACAAUACAAUUAUUUGAUCGAUAGGAGAGGGGGGAAUAUACUUGUUGUGCUUUGAAAAGCGCAAGACAGCAUUAAUUAUAAGAAAACAAAAUAAAGACGGCACUUCUAUUUUACACCAUAGCCUGCCAAAUUUGCAAGAUAAUUUUUCCCAUUUUGAUUUGCACAAAUGAAUGUGGCAUGGUCUUGCCCAUGGAUUUUUUUCAGCAUAGUCUCAAUGAAGAGUUCAGUGUUUUGACUAGCCAUGUGCACUUACAAGCCUGCUAGAGUUAGUGGCAGGUGGAUGAGCAAUAAACACUUUUGUAGGACAGAUGAAGGUGGAAUAUGAAGCUAACCGAAGCUGGUUAGCUUUAGAAAACCCUGAGUAGAUCUAGCUUGCUUUGUAGGACACCCCUCUGACCUGUUUCACAAGCGUUCUCAGAAGUCUCACCAUGUUGCGCUUCUGGGUUCAGAAACUCUUGUGGUAUUGGCACAUUUGGCUGUUUUGAUCAGAUGUUAAGAGCUAACCCCUCAUGUUGAAAUACAUGUUGCUAUUCACCAACUUUGAUUUCUAAUGCUAUCUGAUUAGAGAUUUCUAUUGUCAAAUUGCUGUGGUGGGGGAGGAAGUUGUCAUACCAAGAAGUGGUUUCAAAUGCAAAUAAUGUCAUUAGUUCUGAGCGAUUAACCCCCCCAUAUAAUUAAGCAACCAAUUGUCUAAGUUCGGUUCAAUUAUUUGAUUUCCGUUUUGUUUUCUGUGAGAGUGCAAUCCAGUUUUUCUUGAUCAGAUCAAGACCAAACUGUGCAAUGUUUCCAACAGGCCAAUAUCCUACAUAGUUUAGAACAGAACAGGUGGUAAUUAACUGCAAUGAACAUAACCAAUUGCGCGCCUACUUGUCCGGUAAGAGACAGAGAGAAGAGACAAGAACGCAAGAUCGAAAGGGAUAGAGAUUGAUAGUUGGUAUUCAGCAGUCGUAAAAGUAUGCCAUAUUUACUUUGAACUACUAAAUAGUGAUUUCAUAAGACUGCGUAAGACCCCCCCACCCCCACCCAUUUUUUUUCUUUAUGUCGAAAACGUUAUUUCUUUGUAAUCGAGCCAUAACUGAACCGACCUCAAAAAGUACAUCGCUCUGCACUCUGUCAUACAGGAAGAGAAACGGACACUUGUGUGAACAGCAUUUUCCCCCUCUGCAGUCUGUAACAAACAACAAUGGUGAAGGAAACCGGCUUUUAUGAUAUGUUGGGUGUUAAGCCCAAUGCCACUCCAGAUGAGCUGAAAAAGGCUUAUCGUAAGCUGGCCUUGAAGUACCACCCUGACAAGAACCCUACGGAGGGGGAGAAAUUUAAGCAGAUCUCUCAGGCAUAUGAAGUGCUAUCGGACUCCCAGAAGAGAGAGGUGUACGACCGGGGUGGGGAGAAAGCCAUAAAAGGAGGUGGCAGUGGCGGGGGUUUUGGAUCCCCCAUGGACAUCUUUGACAUGUUCUUUGGAGGAGGUGGCCGAAUGUACCGGGAGAGGAGAGGAAAGAAUGUUGUUCAUCAGCUCACUGUCUCUUUGGAAGACCUCUUCAAUGGCGCCACGAGGAAACUUGCUGUCCAGAAGAAUGUUAUUUGCGAGCGAUGUGAAGGUCGCGGGGGAAGGAAGGGCGCGGUGGAGAUGUGCAUGUCCUGUCGGGGCACGGGCAUGCAGGUGCGCCUCCACCAGCUGGGCCCGGGCAUGGUGCAGCAGGUGUCCACCGUGUGUGGGGGCUGCCAGGGCCAGCGCAUCAGCCACAAGGACCGCUGCAAGGCCUGCAGUGGACGCAAGAUCCUGCGGCAGAAGAAGAUCCUGGAGGUCCACAUUGAUAAAGGUAUGAAGGAUGGACAGAAGCUCGUUUUCCAUGGGGAGGGAGAUCAGGAGCCAGAACUAGAGCCUGGUGACAUCAUCAUUGUCCUGGAUCAGAGAGUCCAUCCUGUCUUCACCAGGCAAGGGGAAAAUCUGACCAUGACUAUGGAGCUGCAGCUGGUGGAGGCCCUGUGUGGUUUCCAGAAGCCUGUUCAAACUCUGGACAACCGAAGCCUCCUCAUCACCUGCCACCCAGGGGAAUUGAUCAAACCUGGCGACAAGAAGUGUGUCCUGAAUGAGGGGAUGCCUAUACACCGCCGGCCGUUUGAAAAGGGACGCCUCAUUAUCAUCUUUUCGGUGGUAUUCCCCACAGCCAACUUCCUCCCCAAGCACAAGCUGAAGGAGCUAGAGCGCUACCUUCCUGCCAAGAGUGAGGCGGAGCAGCCCGAGAGUAUGGACGACGACCUCUACAUCUACGCCGACCUGGAAGACUGCGACCCGGCCAGAGUAAGACGCAGUCAAUACCACUACAUGGUGGAGGAUGACUACCCGUCUGCUGGUGGGGUCCAGUGCCAGACCUCAUAACCUCACUCCAACCUCUAACCCCAGGCCCCUCCGGAAACGUGCACAAUCUGCAUCUUUAAUUUUUUAUUCUCUUAACUUACAAUGCUAACUGUGGUGCUGAAGCGGUCCUUUGGGCCCGAUACCUGGAUCUACGUUCCAAUGCGACUUGGCUGCCUUUUAGUUGGAUCGUGUGCCUGAGUGGAUGAAAUGCAUUUCUGGUUAAAGUCCUUAGAUUGAGAUUUUGGAAGCGCUAUGGAUGCUGUCACUGACUUUUUUUUAAAGUGUUUGUAUAUUAGCAGGUUUUGAACACCUGCUGUCUUGGCUUUUUUUUUUUGCUUCCAAAGGUCACGAAAUAAGAUAGUUGGAAGCUAUAAUUCAUGUUGCCUAAUUGAAUCCUCGCAGUGAAGAACCAUAUAGGCCUUUGUGCAUAUUGGUCCAUUUUAGAAUAAUGAAAUGUUUUUGUAUUCUACAUUAGCAUAGUUGAAAGAUACUUGCCAAAUAUUACACUAUUUUGUUUUUAUUCAUUUUUAAUAAUGAUGUCAUGAUACAUGUUUAUCUCCAUUUCAUAAAAUGCAUAUUGGCCUUGUGGUUCUUCAUCUGAAUCAUCCCAUCUUCUGUGGCAUACUUCUUUAUGUUCAACUGACGAUGGAAAAAGUUAUUUACCCCAUUUGUACGAUCUAGAGUUGUCUAAUCUGUUUAAUUCUACCACUCUUCAUGGGAAUUAGUCAAACUGUAAAUAAACUUUCAAUAGGCCUCAA